UAUACUGAAUAUUUCUUUUUUCUGCAUUUCAUUCUCACUCAAGCAAUUUAUUUUCUAAUAUAGCAUCAUGUAAUUAUGUAAAAAUGCAGCUUUCCACUCACACUAAAGGUCUCUCGAGUUCUUCUCUUGACCUCCAAUCAGGAAGCUUUGCUGGAAGCUUGUUUCCGAUUGGUGAAAGAAGCCGUAACAGUGGAAUGCUGAGGAGUAAACACAGAAGCAUAGCAACAACUGAGUUUGCUGUCUCUCUGCCCUCAGCCUGGGCCAACCUGGACUCCUUCACCCCAAAUGAGGUGACCUCUACAUUUUAUAUGAAGACACUGAUUUACCACUCAACUGUGAUCCAUCUUAUAACAUGGCAAUCCAAUACAGACAGGAAGAUAAAACUGAACACAGCUAAAAUAUGGUGUGUUCCCAGGUAAAAGAGACACAUGCUUUCAGGUGAAAUGGAUUCGUCCGAUGACUGUCAGUUACAAGGGCACAGAAAGUACUGGUGUAGAAGAACUCUACACCAGUAGAGUCUGGCAGUGUCACCCACUACGUGGCAACGCGUGUGCUGGGCGACAUGACUUGUCUUCAUGAAUAAACCCAUAGCCAGACAGGUCUCAUUGUUAAUGGCACGCCAUGGACAAUGACACGGAGAAUGGCUGUACCUCAGCUAGGGAAGGUCUUGGUGUCCUAGGAAAGAAUAGUCACAUCCUCCAGACUUGGUGGCCGGUGUUCUAUCUAGGUGAUCGUGAUGAGCAGCUGGUGGGGGCCUAGAGUCUCUCUUUGCACUUUGCUGGAGGAAGGAAUUUCUUACCAUCUUAUUUUUUAUUCUUGCUCACAGAAUACACGUUGUGGAAAAAGGAUGAAGUUGACCAGUGAAAAGUUGCCCAAGAACCCCUUUUAUGCCUCUCUAUCUCAGAAUGCUGUUAAAAAACAAAAAUUCUUCCAGUGGAAAAAGGAAAAGACUGAUCAUUACACCCAUGCUAGUUUGGUGGAUAAGGCAUUGCAGCUCUUGAAGGAAAGAAUACGAAAUGGGGACCAUCUGGCAUAUUUCCUACGAGGUCAACUCUACUUUGAAGAGGGAUGGUAUGAAGAAGCAUUAGAACAGUUUGAAGAAAUCAAGGAGAAAGACCAUCAAGCAACUUACCAGCUAGGAGUGAUGUAUUAUGAUGCGCUGGGGACCACUCUAGACGCUGAGAAAGGGGUGGACUAUAUGAAGAAAAUUAUUGAUUCUCCAUGUCCCAAAGCAAGGCACUUAAAAUUUGCAGCCGCUUACAACCUCGGAAGAGCUUAUUAUGAAGGAAAAGGUGUUAAACGGUCAAAUGAGGAAGCUGAAAGACUGUGGCUUAUUGCAGCAGACAAUGGGAACCCCAAAGCCAGUGUGAAGGCUCAAGGCAUCCUCGGGCUGUAUUACGCCACCAGGGAGCCCAGAGAGUUAGAAAAGGCAUUUUACUGGCAUUCAGAGGCAUGUGGCAAUGGGAAUCUGGAGUCCCAGGGUGCGCUUGGUCUCAUGUACUUGUACGGACAAGGCAUCCGCCAGGAUACUGAAGCUGCCCUGCAUUGCCUAAGAGAAGCAGCAGAACGGGGAAAUGUCUAUGCUCAAGGCAAUCUCGUGGAGUAUUACUACAAGAUGAAAUUUUUUACAAAGUGUGUUGCAUUUUCCAAAAGGAUUGCUGAUUAUGAUGAGGUUCACGACAUCCCCAUGAUCGCCCAGGUCACAGAAUGUCUCCCGGAGUUCAUCAGCAGAGGCAUGGCGAUGGCAUCCUUCUACCACGCAAGGUGUCUUCAGCUUGGCUUGGGCAUCACCAGGGACGAAGCAACAGCUAAACACUAUUAUUCUAAAGCUUGCCGUCUGAAUCCUGCAUUGGCGGAUGAACUUCACUCUUUACUUAUUCGUCAAAGAAUCUAGACCACAAUGUAUUUCAACAAAGAUCAUCCAUGCUAACACCUCACAAUGUGUGUAUUUUUACAGUAGCUAUGUUUGCUUAUUUUGCACAUUGCAAAUUACACUAUCCUGGGUAUUUUACAGGUGACAUGUUACUUCGUUCUUGAAUUUGUACACUGUUAAGUUUUGCAACUUCCCUAGAUACAGGGUCAAAUUGCUGGAAGAAUCCUCAGAAGUCCACCUCUUAGCCUACAGACUGGCCUAGACAAUAUCAACUAUGAAAACCAUUCUAUAAAGCAACUAUCUUUUUCCUUUCUUAAAUACCGAGUCUCCAAAAAGACUUAGUAUAGCUUUAGUUUAAUAAGUUCAGAAGUAGAAAUGAUACAAACUUAUUUAAAAACAUCAUUUGAAAGUUUAACUCUUUAAAUUUGUCACUUAUUUAGUUUUGUGAAUUUUGAAUAAUACCAUUUGAAUUUUGUUUUAGUCAUUAAAAAUUUUUAAAUGUAAAUUCACAAAACUAAAUAAGGGUAAAAGUAAAGAAACUUAAAUAAGUGUGUGUAGCAUUUCUACUUCUGAAGUUACUAAAGCUAAAACUGCACUAAGUCUUUUGAGACAUCCUCUAUUCUUAAAAAGGUCCAUAAAUCAUUGGCUAAUUUAUUCCAUAUAAACUUCAAAAAAGUGGGUUAUAAGACACUGCUUUAGACUCUUGCCCCUCCAAAUCUUCUCUCAAAGAUCUGAAUUGAAUGAGUGAAACAACUGCUACAU